AUGUUAUCCACUGAAAAGCCUCCAACAGGUCCUUAUUCUGAAACCUCACAGCUUAUAAGUAGCUGCAAAAAUCUCAUUACCAGUGAUGAGAGGUCUUUUGAUAAUAACAAGGUAGAUCUGUUUGGAUUUCGCCAUGGCCACAUUAACCAAACAACUCCCAAGUUCUCCAUAAGAGAUUAUGUUUUCAGUUUACGAGCCAAAGAUAUCGAGACCCACUGGCCGUUUUCUCCGAAAAAUCUGCAUCGUUGCCUUAAAAACGGUGUGAAGAAUGUGUUGCCGCCUUUCGUGGCUCUCGAAUCAUUGAGAAACCCAUCAUCAGCUGCCAAAUAUGCCGAUCACGAAAAGUUCUCUCAGUUGAACGAUCAUCUUCUAUCGGGGGACGCUAAAAAUGCAAACCAAAAUGUAGCUUCGGACACUCGAAAAAAUUCUCAUAACCCAGCUAAGAACUUCAGCUCAAUCGUGAAAUCGGGAAAGAACGCCUUUGCCGAACAGAAGUCGAACGAGGAUUUUUUAGAAAUAACAAUGGGCUCAAAAGUGUGCCCAGUGUGCAAGAUGUUCACUUCCUCUUCAAACACGACUUUGAAUGCUCAUAUCGAUCAGUGUCUUUCUGGGGAGUCGAAUUCUAAAUGGAUGACGAGCUCGAGAGUGGUCAAGCAUAGAAAUAUCAGGCCUCGAAAUAUGAGAUUGAUGGUUGAUAUUUAUGAAACAGCUCUUUCUUGCACUUUGGAGGAUCUUGAUAAAAGGAACGGGACGAACUGGGCUUCGAGCUUGAGUGAUAAUAAUAUUAACACUGAUAUAAAUAUCGUUCAUGAUAAUAAUAAGAAUGAAGAAGGUGAUGUGUACUUUGAUUCCAAUGGCACGAAGCUUAGGAUUCUUUCAAGGUCUACUCAUGUGAAUGAUGUUGAUUAUAAUAAGAAUGGAGAAGAAGAUGAUAGUAGGACUAUGAAGCUGGUCGAGAGAGAUAAAGCAAGCAAAACUGUUGCAGACAAGAAAAAGAAGAAGUGUCUUGUCCAGAGACACAAGAAGCUUUUAAAAUCCCCUCGAUUUGAACACAGACGCUAUUCUGCCAGGCUUGAACGCAGUUCAGAGGUUAACCAUCCAAGCAAAAUCACAAAGAAAUCGAUAAUAAAAAGUCACUGCCAGCAGCCUUCCUUAAACAAUAAGCUCAUGACAAGAACAAAUAACUCGAGAUUCGCAGUUUCAUCUAAUGAUCAUAAUUCAGUUUCAGCUACUGAUCAGACUCACAAGAGAAAGGAAAGCAGCACGUCUUUGAAUUCGGUUGAUGAAUACAUGCCUUGUCAGACAAAUAGAGAAGGUUUUUACUCGUCCAGCUCCCAACAAUUUGGAAAUGAUGAUGAAGAUGAGCAAAAUCAUAUGAUUAUGCUCCCGAAGACCAAUUUCAGGCUGCUAAAUGAAAGUAUUGGGCCCUCAUUUGCUGAAGAAGAUAGUGCAGCUUGUCAGGGGAAUAAUGCAAAAAUAGAUUCUCAAAAGUUCUCUAUCGAUCGAUCUAAGGCUUCAAAAAUCUAUGAUAAGAAAUGGGGAUUUAGAUUCUUGAACUCCGAUGAAGAAGUAGACAGAAGCACUUACUCAAACCACUCGAACGAGUCAGUGGACCUUAACAGCUAUGGGAUUGAGCAGGAUAUUAGUUCUUCCUUAACCGACACUAGUCUAGCUCCCGAAUUUGUUCAUGAGCCGAAUUUGUUUAUUAAUGAUGCCAAAGGCAAUUACUCUAUUGAUGUUGAUUCAAUACCUAUACCGGGCCCGCCGGGUUCAUUUUUGCCGAGCCCAGAACGAAUGGGCUCAGAAGAAGUCCGAAAUUCAUCAUUGACGAAUUUUAAUAUACAUUCUCUUCAAGAAAACGGGCGUGAAGGUGAAUAUGAUUCGCAGAGUUCUGAUAAGUCAUUCAUAUCUAAUCACAUUCCCAUAGUCGAGAGGCCCACGCCAUUUGAACAUGUUCGUGUAGCGGCCCAGCUGAAAAUCGACAGGCCCAAGGCGAAUUGUGAGUAUCCAGUCCCAUCAACUACAAAUCCUCCUAUUCUUAGAUUGAUGGGGAAGAACUUAAUGGUGGUGAAUAGAGAGGAAAAUCUAAUGUCAUCGGUCGGCAGUCAGAAUGAAUUCCGACCCUUCAGUUAUAAUUUAUACCAAGGUCCUCCAUUUUUGGACUACUCGAAUUUCCAUUCGGACUUCAAGAUGCCGCCAUACUGCUCGUUGCCAAUUAGUCCAAGAUUCAAAAGAGAUCCCGUUUUUGUCCCUCAACUUAGUAGAACGCCCGAAUCUUGUUACCGUAAGAUGCCUUUCAGAGGGAAAAUGGUUGAGAGUGCAAAUAUUACGCAGAUGCCUUUCACAGGGAAUAAUGAAGUUCCAAGUGUAGUGAUGAAUCAAGAUUCGCUAAUAACUGCAUUAUCUUCGUCCACAGGAGCUCUCGGACUUAGUUGCAAAUCCAAGCAAGCGAACGACAAAAUGGGGAGUCUGUGUGGGAAUAUUCGGAGUUCCUCUGAGCAACAUGGGCAGCAGCAGGGGAAGGGCCGGGCAGAGGAUAUGCGGGAAAAAAUCGAGAAGGAAAACUCGCGGUCGAGCAUGGAUUGCGUAACUCAUAUUUCGUGUUUGUAA